AUGAGAGUCUUUUCGACCUCGCUCAAAGGGGCCGCACUCAACUGGUAUACCCAGCUACCUGCCGAAUCCAUCGACAAUUUUGAUACCCUAGUCAUAAGGUUCAUAGCACAAUACGCGACAAGCCGACCUCAUCAUGUCACUUCAGCCGCCCUAGCCAGUCUCAGGCAAAGCGACGACGAACCACUCCGAGCGUUCAUAGAACGAUUCGCCGCCACCUCUAUCAAAAUCAGGAAUCUGAAUCUUGAGGUCGCCCUGCACGCCAUGCUCAUGGCACUCAAGCCUGGGCCCUUCGUCGAUAGCUUAUGUCAGGAAUCUCCCUGCGACAUGGACGAGCUCCGCGCCCGUGCUGCAGGUUACAUCCAGAUGGAGGAACACUCCGCUUUCCGUGAUCAAGUCCGUGGAAAAGGACCAGCAAAGACAGAACAAGGUCACAGAGAUAAAAUUAAAGUCAAUAAUGACAGCCAAUUCAAGAAAUCGACCAGAGAAAAUAAAGGGGGAAGGUACGACUUCUAUACUCCCCUAAACGCACCUCGAGUACACAUCCUCGAGGAAGCCAGCAACAACAACCUGCUCGCCCUGCCACCGCCAGGUCACACUCCCACCAGUGCCAACAAGUCCAAACACUGCCGGUACCACAGGAACCAUGGAGACACCACCGAGGAGUGCCGCACGCUCCGAGACCGUAUUGAGGAACUCAUCCAAGCAGGUCACCUUGGCCAAUAUGUCCAACGACAGCAGGGCCACCGAGGAGGCUAUGGUGGACGAGGACGAGGCAGAGGAUGUGGCUCGGGAGCUCGCACAGACCAACCCUCAGGCUCCCAGCAAAACGCCAGCGGAGCAGUACAGGCCGAGAUAAACCACGAGACAGGAUCAGCUCCCUUACGGGGAAUAAUCAACACAAUCGCAGGAGGCUUCGCCGGAGGAGGCACCAGCAGCUCUACCCGAAAGAGACACCUGCGGAACAUCAACUGUGUCCACUCUACCACCUCAGCCUCGCACCAGAGCUCUCCGCCGAUCUCUUUCUCCGACGACGACUACGCUGGUGUCAGCCCAAAUCAAGACGAUCCCAUGGUCAUCGUCGUGGAAAUAGCCAACUGGGAGGUUCAGAAGACGCUUAUUGACCAAGGAAGUUUGGCUGACGUCUUAUAUUGGCCAACAUUCCUCAAGCUAGACGUCCCCCAAUCUCUUAUGCAACCUCACACGGAACCCCUAGUCGGUUUCGCAGGAGAACGAGUUCACACUCGCGGGUACAUAGACCUAUUGACAACUUUCGGAGUACCUCCAGAUAAGGAGAAUCAUGGUCCAUUCCCAGGGAAGGACGGUAAAAUUAUCACCGUCAAAGCAAAUCAGAAGACAGCUCGGCAAUGUUACGCCGAGAGCCUGAAGAUCUCCUUGUCCAGCAAGCAGAGCAAGAGGGAUUCCCCCACCAUAGCUCCUUAA